UCUUCUCCACCCCCAAGACCCGUGACUUCUGGUUUAGGGGCAGAUUGUUGGCGAGCUAGUCUUCCCUGCACUUUGCAGUUCACCCUUUCACCGGGUGCCACCCCCGAGCUGCAAAGUGUGGGGGGCGGGGGUAGGGGGAGCCAAUCCCGGCAGCAGCGCCAAAGGGGGGGAGGCGGCGGUGACAGCCGCGGGGAGGGGGCGGGAGGAGAGAGGCGUCUCGGCUUGGCUCCGCGCUCAGCUCUGCUCUGCCUCCGGCUCUGCGCUCACCUGCUGCCUAGUGUUCCCUCUUCUGCUCCAGGACCCUCGGGUGGGCCCCAGACCCCGAGUCGGAUCUCAGGCUCAGCCUCAGCCCAGACUCCUCCAGCCCCAACAGCGCACUAGGCCGCCAGGGGGCGCCGUGUGAGCGUCCUAUCUCGGCCACCCGGCGCCCCCUCCCACGGCCCAGGCGGGAGCGGGGCGCCGGGGGCCAUGCGGGGCCAGGGCCGCAAGGAGAGUUUGUCCGAUUCCCGAGACCUGGACGGCUCUUACGACCAGCUUACGGGCCACCCUCCAGGGCCCACUAAAAAAGCGCUGAAGCAGCGAUUCCUCAAGCUGCUGCCGUGCUGCGGGCCCCAAGCCCUGCCCUCAGUCAGUGAAACAUUAGCCGCCCCAGCCUCCCUCCGCCCCCACAGACCCCGCCUGCUGGACCCAGACAGUGUGGAGGAUGAGUUUGAAUUGUCUACCGUGUGUCACCGGCCUGAGGGUCUGGAGCAGCUGCAGGAGCAAACCAAGUUCACUCGCAAGGAGCUACAGGUCCUGUACCGGGGCUUCAAGAACGAAUGUCCCAGUGGAAUUGUCAACGAGGAGAACUUCAAGCAGAUUUACUCCCAGUUCUUUCCUCAAGGAGACUCCAGCACCUAUGCCACUUUUCUCUUCAAUGCCUUUGAUACCAACCAUGAUGGCUCAGUCAGUUUUGAGGAUUUUGUGGCUGGUUUGUCGGUGAUUCUUCGGGGAACUGUAGAUGACAGGCUGAAUUGGGCCUUCAACCUGUAUGACCUCAACAAGGAUGGCUGCAUCACCAAGGAGGAAAUGCUUGACAUCAUGAAGUCCAUCUAUGACAUGAUGGGCAAGUACACGUACCCUGCACUCCGGGAGGAGGCCCCAAGGGAACACGUGGAGAGCUUCUUCCAGAAGAUGGACAGAAACAAGGAUGGUGUGGUGACCAUUGAGGAAUUCAUUGAGUCUUGUCAAAAGGAUGAGAACAUCAUGAGGUCCAUGCAGCUCUUUGACAAUGUCAUCUAGUCCCCCAGGAGAGGGGGGUCAGUGUUUCCUGGGGGCACCAUGAUCUAGCCCUAGUCCAGGUGGACCUCACCCUUCUCUUCCCAGGUCUAUCCUCGUCCUAGCCCUCUCUCGGGGCUGUAGGGAUCCAAGAGUUUGGGGAUUCAGUAGUCCAGAUCUCUGGAGCUAAAGGGUCUAGAGGGUGGGCAGAGUGCAUCUGGAGGGUGUUCCCAACUCCCACCAGCUCUCACCACCUUCCUGCCUGACACCCAGUGCUAACAGUGCCCCUCCUGUAGGAAUUGAGUGGUUCCCCACCUCCUACCCCUACUCUAGAAACCACAACACUAGACAGAUGUCUCCUGCUAUGGUGCUUCCCCAUCCCCGACCUCAUAAACAUUUCCCCUAAGACUCCCUUCUCAGAGAGAAUGCUCCAUUCUUGGCACUGGCUAGCUUCUCAGACCAGCCUUUGAGACUCCUGUGGGAGGGGGACAAGGAUGUAUAGGGAGAAAUAUUGGGCCUGAGUCAAUGGGUAAGUCCUUGGGGGUGGCUGGGGUUGAGUAGAAAGGCCUGGACAGAUUGUGAGUGCUCAGGCAUACCAGGUUAUAGCUCCAAGUUCAAAACAUCUGCUACCACGGGCCAUCGAAAUAUAAGAUUCCAGGCUUUGCAGAAGACUUUGUCUUUUUGGAAAUGCCCCAGAAGUUUUCCACACCCUCUUCAGUGUCCAUGGAGAGCCUGGGGCUGGAUAUCUGGCUCUUUCCUGGCAUUAAUUCUUCUCUUCCUUCCUGCAUGUGUUGGUAGUGGUCGUGGCAAGGGAAUGUGGAUGGGAGAUGUCCUGGCUGAUGCCUGCCAAAGUUUCAUCCCACCCUCCCUGCUCAGAGUCCCUGUCAAUGGCUAUGACUUGAGUUUUUCUUUCCCAUGUUCUCUAUAGACUUGGGACCUUCCUGAACUUGGGCCUAUCACUCCCCACAGUGGAUGCCUUAGAAGGGAGAGGGAAGUGGGGAGGCAGGCAUAGCAUCUGAACCUAGUGUGGGGGCAUUCACCAGAAUCUUCAAUCAACCUGGGCUCUACUCAACCCCCCAGAUAACCUCCUCAGUUCCCCAGGUUCUCCUCUUGCUCUACUCAGUCUACCCUGAGAUGCCCCUUAGCACACCUAGAGGGCAGGGACCAUAGGACCCAGGUUCCAACCCCAUCGUCAGCACCCCAGCCAUGCUGCCACCCCUUAGCACACCUGCUCGUCCCAUUCAGCUUACCUUACCAGCCAGCCAGAAUCCGAGGGGAGGGCCCCCAGAGAGCACCCUUUCCCCAUCAGAAGACUGUUCACUGCUUUGCAUUUUGGGCUCUUCUAUAUAUUUUGUAAAAUAAGAAAUAUACCAGAUCUAAUAAAAAGCAAGACUAUGCA